GGAAGAGUCAGAUGACGUGACAGCGCUGCUUCCUGCAACAACCUUUGCUGAACUUAGAAAAACGCUGCAAAAAUGGAUCCUCCUCCUGACAUCACAAUCAUAGAGAACCUGACCUCAGCGAAAGAGCAAGCUGAGAAUAAAGUUCGGGAUCUACAGGAACACCAAAGAAAAGUUCAAUUCAAAGCAGUUGGAGAAGCAGAGAGAGUCACUGCCCUGUUUAGAGACAUCAAGAGUAAGUUGGAUGACCUAGAGAUGGAGGCUUUGAAGGAGAUCUCCAGGCAGAAAGAGCAGCUUGAAUGCUCAAUUGCUGAUCUGCUGCAGCAGCUGGAAAUGAAGAAGGAUGAUUUGUCCAAGAAGAUAAGUGAUCUUGAGAAACUGUGUAACGCGAAUGAUCCAUCAAUAGCCUUGCAGGAGUGGAAGGUUGAUGAACUCCUGGGAGAAGAUGGUGGCCAGGUUGGUGACCUAGAUGAAGGUCAGAUUACUGUGACUUUACACCAAGGUCUAUCAGACAUCAUGACUGCUGCAAAAAGACAACUGUAUGCUUCAGAGUUGACAUUGGACAUCAAAACUGCCGCUCAAGAUGUCGCCAUGCUGGGUGACUUGAAAACUGCGCUGACUGCAGAAAUAGAUCAACAUCGACCAGAAACACCAGAGAGAUUUAAGAGAUCAAAAGUUCUAAGUGAAGACAUUUUUUUGUCAGGUAGACAUUAUUGGGAAGUGGAACUCAGCCCUUGUGGAGUGUGGCAGUGAGACUUGGUUGAGCGCUCCGAUGUUCAUACAUUCCCACCCUAUGCCUCUGUAAUGGAACUAUGCAUGCUGCCUGGACAUCGAUAACCAUCAUGCAGUGAGGACUACAAAGAACUGCAUGACUUGUUACAAUUGGA